CAUUUUAUGCGUAUUCUAUCAGUAUCAUGGCUAACAUCUUGAAUGUGCUCUUCCUUGAGAACCUUCAGGGAAUCUCUAGCCUUAUCUUGAGCGAGACCCAUUCCAAUGGACGUCUAGAGACCUUGGACGUAUUGUUUCGCCUCAAUUCACACGUGACUCUAAUCUUCCUGGUUUUGGCGAGCUGCCUCCUCCAAGUGGAACAGUUUUGUGGAUCUCCUAUUGAAUGCUACGGAGGUCCUGAUCCGGCAGGCUUGAUCAAGGUGGCAACUGGAACUUGUUGGACCAAUGGAACAUUCACAUCCACGAAAAUCAGUAAUUGGGAGGGAAAAAAUGAGGGGCAAGGAUUGGGCAAUCCAAAUUGUGAUUCUGAAAAUCAAAAUGACUGCAGAUUUAACAUCAAUUACUAUCAGUGGACCGCAUUUGUUCUGUUGCUGCAAGCCCUUUUUUUUUAUUUGCCCAGAUGGAUUUGGUCCCUUUUCGAAGAAGGGGCAGUGGGAUCCGUGAUUCGCUCCUUUGCUAAAAUUCCCAACAAUCGCUCGCUUGAAAACAAGAAGAUGAUCAAAGUGUUGUGUGAAGCUUUGGUGGCCCGCAAGAGCUACUGGAACUUUGUUUUCUACUCCAAAGUCGUCUUGGAAGUGUACAUGCUGUUGAACAUCUUGUUCCAAUUCCCUUUCUUGAACUUUUUCUUUGGAUCUUUCGCCUUUUAUUGUGAAGGGGAGCAUUCCAAUUGGAUAACCUUCCAUAACUUUGGGACCAACAUGGUCCAGUAUUGGUUACGUGGUUCUUGGGGACGCGAUGGAUCAGUCCCCAUCAAUCCGGGAUUGGUUCUGUUCCCUCGAGUAACAACUUGCGAAUUCCGAAUGGUUGGCUAUGGAGGAGGAAGCCAAAUCACCUACUUCAUGUGCUUCCUGUUGCUGAACAACAUCAAUGAAAAGAUAUAUUUAUGCUUUUGGUUCUGGAUCGUCAUUCUGGGCACUCUCAUAAGUGUUAAAUUGAUUGUACGCCUUUUAAAAGCUUCCAUUCUCACGAGUUGGACGAAGCACACCUUGCGCUCCUAUUGUCGGCGUUCGGUGUCGGACGUCUCGGAUUUGAACGAAGUGAGAGGCGCCAAAACCAGCUUGAUCUUAGAGUCCAAUGUGCCCCAUGGGAUCGUCUUCAUCCUGGAGAUCCUGCGUCGAAAUUCCCAUCCCUCCGUACUGAAAGAGGUCACGUGGACUACCUUGACCUUGCUUCGAUCCAAGUCCAAGAGUCGAAAAGCAAGAGACUAGACCACGUGGUCUUACUUUCAUCGUUAUGAAUGAGCCUUGACCAUGAAAUAAAUAUACAUCUCUCUAG